AUGGAAUCGCCCCCGGACGCAGCCCUGACAAUUUCGUCGACUAGCGUAUGUGCAGCCCUCAUCGUCGCCCGCUGCAUCUACCGACUGGUGUUUCGAUGUCACAUCCACGCAACAUGCCAUCGUCGCUGGCGCAUCGACGACUUUUAUAUGACCAUAGCCAUUCUACCUCUGAUCGGUCGCGCCUUGUGUAUUCUGUUUUCGUUCUACCUUAACCCGGACCACACGUAUGAUCCAGCGACGCAAGCUGAGGCAGAUGGCUGGGAUGUUGGUGUGCAAGAUUUGAAUAGCGAGAGGGAGCUUUCUCACAAGUUACUCAUCCCUGCACGAAUCUUUUAUGCAUUAUUUUUAUGGUGCUUGAAACUUGGACUGCUGGCCUUUUAUUCCCGCUUCAUCGAUGUCUUUCGUUGGGGCAAGUUUGUUACAGAUGCGCUUUGGUGGUUCAUCAUGGCCACAUUUGUCGCAGUCUUUAUAACAAUCCUGGCAGAAUGCCGCCCACUAUCUCUAAUGUGGGCGCUCAAUUAUGAUGCUAGCAAAGUUGCAUGCAACCGCGCCGUAGGCAACUUGAUACUAAUGGCAGUUUGCAAUAUCAUUCUCAAUGUCGCCCUCAUCAUCCUCCCUUUUCCGAUGCUGCGACAUCUUCGACUCGAUCUCAAAGAGAAACUACAACUCGGCUUCUUGUUCAGCGUGGGCGCUGUGCUAGUCGCCAUCACCAUCCUUCGCCUUCCUCUAAUACUCAACCAAUCCGUUUCGCAAAGGUCCCGAUCAAUGUGGGCAUCGAUCGAGAUCCUUUGCGCAUGCAUAGUCGCCAAUACACCCUUCUUUUACGCCCUUGUCAAAGACUUGCAACGACAACACGACGACCGACCUGAGAGAUCACCGUCCAAUGCUACGAACCCGAGCGACUUUUAUGACCUACAAAGCCUACCGUCUUCAUCAGGCGCACCGAUGCCAACACCACCAACGAUAUCACCUGGCACAUCGAAAUGUUCUAUUAAAUACUGCGAAAACGUAUGA